GAGCGUAAGCUGACCCCGGCAUCCUAUUAUUUGAAGACAUGUAUCUAACCAUAUGUAAAUCAAACAUUUCGAUAUGUAUAUAGAUGCAAUUCUUGAGCUCUAAGUUGUUUACUGGAUUAAACUAAUCGAAGGAGGGGAAAAAAAUAAGGGAGGAGCGAAGCACGAAGGUAGGGAAACGAUGACCAGAAUAAAGAAGAAAAUGCAAAGUCUAGUUAACAAAAUUGACUAGCCAACACAUACUUAACUCUUUCAUUGAGCACCUCCAUUGUUGUUAAACUAAAGCUCAAAACUCUGAGCAGGUUUUCAGAUCGUUGGAAGAUGGAGAAGCUGCCCAGAAGUCUGAUUUUACGAGCAACUCCGUUUUUCUUCUUGCUUCUCCUCUCCUUGAUCUACACUGUCGAAAUCGGAUCGCAUGUUCCAUCGAAUAUAUGGACGAAAAACAACGCUACUGGGGGCGCAAAUCACUUAGAAGUUAAAGCGAGCCUGCCUCAGAUCAUGAAAAGACUUGUCAAAGGAUAUUCUCAAACGCAACUGGAAGCGACCGGAUUUGCUUGCCAUUCGGAUGUUCACACUAAAGUUUGUGUGUCCAAUAAACCAGUAACGAUCGACACGGGUACAAUGAAGGUUUAUGCACCACUUAGUCAAGCGAUGGCGCACCAAGCAAAUCGCACGAUUAGUCCAUAUCCGAGGAGGGAAGACAAGACGGCCAUGGAAUUAGUUUCUUCAGUCCAUAUACUUCGGGGAAAGAUCCACCCCCCUCCGGCUUGUGAUUGUACGCACGACGUCCCAGCCGUAGUCUUCUCAUCCGGCGGCUUCACAGGAGACAUAUUCCAUGAAUUCAAUGAAGUAAUCAUCCCUUUAUUCCUCACCAGUCGCCACUUCCAAUCUCGCCUACGUUUCAUUGUCACCGAUUUCAAACCUCAGUUUAUUGCUAAAUUCAGCAAAGUUCUGUCCCAUCUGUCUAGUUAUGAGCUUAUCAAUCCGGCGGCAAAUGGAAGCGUGCAUUGCUUUCCUGGAGUAGUUGUCGGGCUUCACUAUCACGACAAUCUCGCCAUCAAGGCCACGGACGUUCCCAAAGGUUACUCCAUGCUUGAUUUCAAGCAGUUUCUCCGAGAUUCAUACAAUCUGAAGAUACGAGAUUUGUCGCGGAUGAAAAGACCGGUGUUGGUACUCAUUUCUCGUCCGAAACCAAGAAUGUUUCUGAACCAGAAUCAGAUGGUGACAAUGAUGACGCUAUUGGGCUUUCGAGUCGUCCUCGCAAAGCCCGAUAUGAUGGCCAAUGUAGACAAGUUCGCAAAGGUACUCAACUUGUGCAGCGUGCUAGUCGGAGCCCACGAUGCCGCGCUUACAACCGAAAUCUUCCUGCCCGAAGGUGCUGUCAUGGUGCAAGUGGUGGGGCUGGGACUGGAAUGGGCCUCGGCAACCUACUACGGCGGGCCGGCUGCAGAGAUGGGUUUGAAUUACAUAGAGUACAAGAUCGAACCGGAGGAAAGCUCUCUCAUCUCAGUUUAUGGAAGAGAUGACCCUGUCAUUACUAACCCGGAAUCGAUAGCGUCGAAAGGGUAUACGGUCGGUAGAAGCGUGUACUUUGAAGGGCAGAAUUUUAACAUAAGUAUUGCGAGGUUUAGAAAGACUCUUGUCCAAGCACUUGGACUUCUCGGGCGAUCGGCUUGAAAGAAGAAACAGAGUGUUUUGAGAUGAUUCUUUCUGGUGUUCAAAAAAGAAGAAGAAGAAGAGAUGAUUCUUUCCAGUUUUACUUGUGAAGAUACAGUUUUAAGAAAGACAAAGGAAUUCCUUGUUACUUCGUCCGUCCCUAUUUGUUGAUCCCUAUUGGGGGAUUUGAUCACUAAUUUUUCCACUUUUACCA